UUCGCGCAAUUCAUCGUCUCAAUUAGCUCCUUCGUUUGAGAACAACUCAGCUGGUUCCUCGGUACUAUCGCCAAAAGUAUUCAUAUCUAGAAUCAUGGAAUGCAGUCCAACCAGAACGUCAUAGAGACAAUUGGUUGUUGUAACAAGGUUUCAAUACGAGAUUUAAACAACACAUUCAAGGGGAACGACGAUGAAGGAGCUAUUUCGACGAAUUUUAACUUGAUGGCUGUCAUUUUUAAUGCUGAGAGAAUAGUCUUAGAUCAGCAAAGAAGUCUAUAGCAGCCAGGACUUUAAUCCUUCACCCUUACCAAGCAAAUAGUUAUAAACAGAACGCAAUCUGAAUAUUCAGAUCAUAGCCGCGUCAUGAACUGUCAAUGAUUCUAUGACUCUCUUUUUGUGUACGUAGAAUGAUUUGGUUUGAUAAAUCGACAAUUACUUUUACAGUGCUUAAAAAACGUGCUAGUAUCGUCACGAAUUGCCCUUUGCGAAGCUUUAACUUGUAACGCCAGCUUCAACAACCACACGAGGGUUGACACCAUACGCUGCC